AAACAUUUUCCUAUAAUAUUUAACUUUCAGAUAUUUCUGCACUUUGUCAAUGGCAAAAUAUAUUACAAAAAAUCAACCCUAUUAAUCUGGCACAUCUGCAUUUAAUUAUUAAUACAGCACACCCUGUAUUGACUUUUGGCGCUUGCAUAUUUGCAACUAGUUUCACUACAAGCAAAAAAAAACAAAACUAGAAAAAAGCGUAAAUAUGGCACAAAAAUCUAUAACGUUAGUUUCCAAAACAUUAAGGAAUCCUUUCGUACGUGUUAAUAUCCAAAAUAAAUUUGUUUUUAGGUCAUUCUUUAAGCCAGCUGCGAGUGCAAAAAUUGAAGAGGCGUCGAGCGCAAAGCGCUGCAGACAGGAAAGUCCACAAUCGAGUGAAAAGAAUGGCGAGCCGGAGCAAAAGGUUCUAAAACAAUCUGCGGUGUCUCCCAAAACGGAAACUAAGAAAAGUCUACAGAUUAAUGGUAAAAGUAGUGAAACGAAGAAAAAAUCACCAAAGGCUUCUAAAGAAUCUCCCAAAAAUAAACUUGAGCAAAUUCCAUUGAAAAAGGAAACCGCUGAGAUCAAAAAGGAUGUGACUAGAGAGGCUGCCAAAUUGGUAGACGAAAAACCUACAACAGCAGCUAAAGGUAGUGCAGAAAGCCCUAACAAAAAUGAAGCUUUGAGUGUAAAGAAACUUUCGGUUGAGUCAAACCAAUGUGGUGCCGAAUAUAAUCCAGGAGCAACGAGAUAUCAUCCUAUAAAGGACGCGUAUUGGAAUGGAAACAAAAACACACCUUAUUUGGCUUUGGCCAGAACUUUUGAACUAAUUGAAGACACUAAAGGACGUUAUAAGAUGGUAGAGAUACUUGCAAAUUUCUUAUGUUCAGUGUUAUUAUUGAACACAGAUGAUUUACUGUACUGUAUUUAUUUAAGUAUCAACCAACUGGCACCGGCUUAUGAAGGUGUUGAGCUUGGAGUGGCAGAGACUACAUUGAUGAAGGUUAUAGCCGUAUCUACUGGGCGUGAACUAAAGUUUAUUAAAGCUCAAACGCAGGAAAUUGGCGAUCUUGGUAUUGUUGCCGAGCGCUCCAGAGUUUCACAGCGAAUGAUGUUCACGCCAAAACCUCUAACAGUACAAACUGUCUAUCAGAAAUUGAGAACAAUUGCGAAAAGUUCCGGCAAAGCCAAAUCACCAAUUAUACAUGAUCUCUUUGUGGCAUCACGAUAUUCAGAAGCGCGAUUUAUUAUAAGAUCACUGAUUGGCAAGAUGCGUAUAGGAAUUGCAGAGAAAAGUUUGUUUCAAGCUUUGGCAACAGCUUUAGUCAACAGUCGAGCGUACGAUGAGAAAUGUCCAAAGAAGGCGAAACAAUCUGAAGCUGAUAUAAAGAAGGAUAUCGAUGAUAUUACUUUUCUGCUAAAAACGGCUUAUUGCCAAUGUCCAAAUUUCGACAAAAUCGUAUCGACACUACUCACUCAUGGUAUCGAUGAUUUGCUCAAGUAUUGUUCAAUGGAGCCAGGUGUCCCAUUGAAGCCAAUGUUAGCGCACCCAACAAGGGGUGUAUCCGAGGUGAUGGAUCGCUUAAAAGGCAACAUUACAUGCGAAUGGAAGUAUGAUGGAGAACGGGCGCAAAUUCAUCGUGACAAAGAUGGCAACGUUAAUAUAUACUCUCGUAAUCAGGAAAAUAAUACAACCAAAUAUCCCGACGUAAUACAGCGCAUAGAUGAAUUCAAAAAGGACAGUGUUGAAUCAUAUAUAGUUGAUAGUGAAAUUGUUGCAUGGGAUAUUGAACACAAACAAAUUCUGCCUUUCCAAGUACUAAGCACACGGAAGCGAAAAAAUGUCGAUUUAGAAGAGAUCAAGGUGCAAGUCUGCGUUUAUGCUUUCGAUUUACUGUAUUUGAAUGGCGAGGCGUUGACUUCAAAAAACUUCGCUGAACGAAGGCAAUUGCUAAGAGAAAACUUUAACGAAGUUGAAGGAGAAUUUCAAUUUCCAACUUCAUGCGACACAAAUGAUCCGGACGAUAUACAAGGCUUUUUGGAGAACUCCAUUAAAGGAAAUUGUGAAGGCCUGAUGAUCAAGUCGCUAGAUAAUGACGCAUCUUACGAAAUUGCUAAACGUUCACACAAAUGGUUGAAAUUGAAAAAGGAUUAUUUGACUGGCGUUGGAGACUCGCUAGACCUCGUUGUUAUCGGCGGUUACAUUGGCAAGGGCAAACGAACUGGUGUGUAUGGCGGCUUCUUGCUCGCCUGUUACGAUGAUGAAAAUGAGGAGUAUCAAAGUAUUUGCAAAAUAGGCACAGGACUGAAUGAUGAUGAUUUAAAUGCACAUGCCAAAUUCUUUAAGGAGCACACGAUACCGGCACCAAAAUCUUAUUAUCGUUUUGAUCCCACCCUAGCGCCUGAUACUUGGUUCGAGGCUGUGCAGGUUUGGGAGGUAAAAUGUGCAGAUCUUUCAUUGAGUCCCGUACACAAGGCUGGAAUUGGUAUUAUUGAUCCAGAAAAGGGCAUAUCACUGCGGUUUCCACGUUUCAUACGCAUGCGUGAGGAUAAAUCAGCGGAGGAUGCAACAUCUGCACAACAAGUUGCCUACAUGUACCGCAAUCAAGAUCAAGUCAAGAAUCAAAAAUCGAAUCCUGCUGAAUUUGAUGAUGAUUUUUAUUAAUCGUGUAGAAAAUUUAAAUAUGUAUUUUUAUGAAACCUCUAUACGAUUUACCUGUUUAUUGCAAAUCGAGAAAUUUAUAAUUUUACAAUCUUGCACAGCCAGUAAAAUGAUUUCAAAUGAGUACCAAUGUAUGUCGCAAAUAAUUGCACUAGUAUGUAUGUAUAAGAAAAUAUUACGAGUUGCUAACUAAGCUCAAAACAUAAAAAUAUUUUAAAUUUUUUUCUCCAUUCAAUUCGAUAUGAUUCUACAAGCGAGAAGCUUUCAAAUGAAGAAGAUUUCAUGAAAAUAUUUCCCUUAGAACCACAAUUAUAAAUAUUUAAAGCAAGUUUUUGGUGCAGCGAAUUCAAUAUUUUCGCAUUGCGUAUGUACGGAUUUUCUUACGAUAGCAGAGACUACAACCACAGCGCUGGGCACAUGUUGCUAGCUCUAAGUCGUCAACAUGUUAACAAAAUGACGUUGACAUCAUGUUGGCUUGGAAUCAUAAACAUGUGUCUUUUAGAGAAAUGGUUGCGGUCUGUGCUACUCCAGCGCAGCCACAGGGUGCACUUGAUUAAUAUUUUUCGUCAUUCGUUGCUCAAUUUUUUUUUUUUGAUGAUGCAUUUCCGAACGUUCUUACUGCAAUCGAAAAUGACUUUUUUGAUGAUGCAUUUCCGAACGCUUAUUUGCAGUUUAUCGAUUUUAAAUAUUUAUAGUUGCCGUUCUACUAGGAAUAUUUUCAUUAACUUUUCGGCAUUUUAAAGCUAAAAACUUGAGUUAAAUUACUCUCCAAUAAAAAUACAAUCUGUGCGUACGAUUAUUAAAAUCGAAAUAUAGCCUAAAACUAAAGUUUCAGUGAACUGAAGAGCUAUCAGCAAGAAAUCUGGUCGAAAGUUGGCCCACUAUUCGGAAAUGCAG